AUGGCUCAGUUUGUCUCCUUAUUCAGAGAAAAACUGAUGGAUGAGACAUGGCUUGAAAACAAUAAGCUGAAUACUCUGACUGAGAAAAACAUUCAGCUAUUUCGUAGAAUAUCAAGACUUGAAGAAUCUUUAAAUUCGCUGAGGAAUAUUAAACCAGUUAAAAGAACACAGUAUGAAUUGAGCAACAAAGUCAAUGGAAGUAUCUUAAAAGAGACAUACUCUUCGUUUCUGCUCCAUGAUUCAUCUGAUCAGAGGAUAUUUGGGGAUCAGAAAAAUUUAUAUUACAAUUUAGAAACAAUGAGUAUUGAUAAACGUUUAGAAGCUAUGGAAAAGAAAUUGCGCAAUCUCUUUGUUGAAUCAAAUACGUCAGCUUCACCAGAUGUUUUGAAUAAAUAUGCAGUAAAAAUCGUUACAGAAACUUAUCAUCCGAUUACAACGUUCAAUCAACACUGUACAGAGUGUUAUCUACAUGAAUUGAGAUCUUGUAGUCAUUGUUUAAAUCAUUCAGCUCGUAGUAAUUGUACAGUUCAAACGGUGGAUAUUCUCAACAAAUGUCAAUAUAUUGAUAAAUCAGUUCAAACAUUAUGUAAUGAAUCAACAACUAUUGUUACAUAUCCAAAUUACUUUAAUGAAAAAGGAACAAUUACAAAUGAAAAUCAAAUUAUUUCAAAAUUGAAAAUGAAUAAUCAAUUAACUUCAUUUAUUUCCCCCCCUAAUAAUCAUUCACAUAUUAAUCAACCAAUAGUCGAUCGAGAUGGUAUUUCAAAAGAUGAUGAUGAUAAUGAAUCUGUAUCUAAAUUUACAUCUAGUGAAUGCCUUGAUAUUAUUGUAACACCCGAUUUUGAGAUGGAUAAAUUGAAACAAACUGAUUAUUUAAAAGUUCAAUUAAAUAAUAAUCAACAAAUUGGUUUGGAUCAAAUGAGACAAACACAAAGUUUCGAAUCUGGAUUGAACAAUGAAGAAAAUUAUAUUGAUAUGGAUAAAAUUCCUGCCACUUCAAGAUCAUAUAGACAAAACAAAACUUUUGAACCUAACCUUCAUUACGGAACUAUGGAACCGACUUUAAUACGUAAAGUUUAUUGGGAAUUUGUAAUUUUCACAGCCAAUCAAGUAUCGACGAUUGUUUGA